AUUUAUUAUUAUAGGUUAUUAAAUUGAUAAUUUUAAUAAAAAUAAUUCUUUAGAUAAUAUCCACUUAAAAUUGCUUCAAAUUUACAAGUGAAUUGUAAAGAUGUCAUCAAUACCGUCGACCAGCAAGGAGGAAGAGAAAGAAGAAAAUUCAAAAAACAAAGAGGGUUUGGCAUCCAAGAUUGAUGCCCUGACCAGUUUCCUCAGUGAAAAAUUUAGUUUGGAGGAACAAAAACAUGUAUUGGAGUCUCCGACAAUUGAUGAAGUAGUGAAGUUCAUUCAAAGUGGGAAAUGCAAGAAUAUAGUUACCAUGGUUGGAGCUGGGAUAUCGACUUCUGCUGGGAUUCCAGAUUUUCGAACCCCUGGCUCUGGAUUAUAUGACAACCUACAAAAAUAUGAUUUACCACAUCCUGAAGCUAUAUUUACUCUAGAUUAUUUCUUCAUGAACUCAAAACCAUUCUUUAUGCUUGCAAAGGAGCUAUAUCCAGGAACUUUUAAACCCUCAAAGAGCCAUUAUUUCAUUAAAUUAUUGGAGGAGAAAGGCCUUCUGCUGAGGCAUUACACUCAAAAUAUUGAUACAUUGGAGAGAGUGGCUGGUGUGUCUAACGAUAAGCUUGUAGAAGCUCAUGGGACAUUUCACACUGGUCACUGCCUAGGAUGUAGGAAGGAAUACAGUCAAGAUUGGAUGAAAGUAAGGAUAUUCAAUGAUGAAACUCCGAUUUGCGAAGAUUGUCCAGGUGUUGUCAAACCCGACAUCGUUUUCUUUGGAGAAAACUUGCCCUUGAGAUUCUUCAAACUGGCCAAAAGUGAUUUUAAAAAGUGUGAUUUAUUGAUUAUAAUGGGAUCUUCUUUGACAGUCCAACCGUUCGGUUCGCUUCCAGAGAGGGUUGCUAGUUCUUGUCCUCGAGUGCUAAUUAAUAACGAGAAGGCUGGAAAUUUGGAAUUUGAUAAUCCAAAUAACUAUAGAGAUAUAUUGAUGGAAGGCGACUGUGAUUUACAGUGUCAAGUCCUGGCUGACAAACUAGGAUGGAGUGAUGAAUUAAAAGAAUUAAUUAUAAGAGAACACAAACUGAUUGACGAUAAUAUCCAGAAGACCGACGCUAGUGCAAAGAAGUAAAAAGCAAAACUAGUCAAUUAUAUUUUUAAUUAUUUUAACAUGAAUGUGCAUUAUUUUAUAUUUUUUAUGAAUUUUAUU